AUGUCGUACUCGAGAUUAGGAAAGGCUUCAUCAUCGCAAACGGCCUCAGCUUUUGUCGGUUUCCUUGGUUUGCCUAUCGAGAUUCGUAAUAAUAUUUACAAACAAGUACUUGUCGUUCCACACCCGCUCUAUAUUUUUCAAGACUCUGGAUCUCGAGUGGAGAUGUUUGCGCCCGAAAUACCCUGUCGAUGGCUUGCAUUACUAUACACCAAUAAACAGAUUUCCGAUGAGGCCAGGGCGGUUCUCUACGGUAAUAAUCAUUUUACCCUCAUGGAAACAACAAAUCACCUCCUAGAAUCCUUUCUAGUCAGGAUCGGACAUGUGAAUGCAAGUUUACUGUCCCAUCUCUGCAUCAACUUUCCGACUAUUGAGAGGAUAGGUCAACUGGGAGAAAUUAGGCCUACGGAAGAUAGCUUGCGCAGUUUGCAGCUUCUCCAGCAGGAAUGCACCAACCUGAAGGCACUGGAGGCCCUCAUUUAUAGCCCCGGUUCAAGCGACCUGAUUAAUGAAGACCAGAAUACCCAGUUUAUUCGAGAUGUGUUGACGGAAAUUGAUGUGAGGUUCAGAGGCAUCGCCUGCCUGAACAAGAUUAUCGUCAGGUUCUACACGAGACCUCCGAACCCUUCGGUAACGGAAUUAAUGCAAGAACUUGGGUGGGUUGUCUUGGCCGGCGACGGAUAG